UCUUUGUUCUUUUUCAUCUUUCUCUUUCUCUUUCUCUUUCUCUUUUUCAUUGUGGGAACGUGAAGAGAUCUCGUGAGAAUUCCCGGGAGUGACGCAGUUCGGUUGCGGGAUUCGGGCUGGAAGUUCAUUUGCGGAGUUUUCACAACGGGUUCGAGGAAGAGGAAGGGGGAGAUGAGCAAGGGGCGGCCCCCGGAACCUUUGGAUUUCUUUAUUUGGACUGUGGAGGAUGUUGGUCUAUGGCUGGAGGAGAUAAAUCUUGGUGGCUAUCGACAGGUUUUUGAAGAUAAUGGAGUCAAUGGAGAAUAUUUAGAGAGCUUAUCCAUGUUCACUACAGAGCAGAUUCUUCGAUUUAUCAGGCGAUGCCACAUGAAAUGGGGAGAUUUUAUAACUCUUUGUAAAGAGCUUAGGCGCAUCAAAGUUGCAUGUCUGAAAGGAGAGCAAGAAGUUCGUCGACCAUGGUGGGCGCCAUCAUGCCUAUCAGUUGUGUUUGUGAAGGUGGCAAGGCGCAACAGACAGUCUCGCGUCGUCUCCUUGAAGCUCGAACCGUGACAUCCUUCCGGCCAAACUAUCAUACUCCACCAUGUCCUCUAUGUAUCUAUAUGUCCAUUCACCACUACUCCCUCAGGAUGACCCUGUUGUUAUUGUAGCAAAUGGUUUUAAUUGUUGUUGUUUUGAAUGUAGAAAGAUUGGUUUCCAACUUCAACUGUUUCUGUCAUGUUUCUUUUACACUUUGCUCUGUAAUAUGCAUUUUUUAAUUUAUUUUUCCAUAGUUAAAUUUUCAA